AUGCAACGUUUUACAAGCAUGAUAGGCAUUAUGAUAUUCCUGCUAUGUACAACAACAGUAAACAGCCAAACAACAAACUUGACGCCAACAGCGAAUACCGCGCGUAAUUCCACACAAGCCAACACAUUACCCACUAACAUUACGACCACUACACCACAAACGACUGGCAUGCCAGCAUCCAUACAACCAACGACAGUUGGUUUACCAAUCACAAGCACAAGACAACAAACCACUGGUAUGCGACAUCUAUACAAUCAACGACAACUGGUUCACCAGUGA